UUUCUGGAAAACCUGGAGCUGGAGAGACCUUGACUCGGCUCCUCUUUGGUUUCCAUGGCACCCACUUUUCAUUGACUUCAUCGUAAUGAGUCCGCCCAAUUCCCCAAGAACGUUGCGGGUGGAAAACGCUUCCUCUUGCACUCUCCAUAGUGCUGAAAACAAUCCGGCUCGCAUGUUGUUCCUGGGGAGCUGUCUGUGGUGCUGAAGUCUCCCCGAAGGCGAGGGAGAGAAGACGUAGACAGAAACUGCUAAAUCGCGCUCCGUGUGACACCCCACCCCACUUUCCUUUGAAUUAUUCUGUCCAGCACUGGAGCAGGUGUCUGGUACAAUGCACACAAAUUUUGAAAAAACAGCAUUGUUAUUCCUGAGUUCGUAGUACAAGUCUCAGGGAACUGGUAUGAGCCGGACACUGGGAAGGUUUGUAUGCAUCCUGUUUUGAAACCUGCUGCAUUUGGCGUCUCUCUACUUCUACAUAUACCAAAACGCAAGGAGAUAAUCAACAGCUCGCCAGGAUUUUAUUAAUGCUUUGGACAUUCAAUCGAGAUUGUUCUCUUUGCCACUGGUAGCUCUUUCUGCACGUUUCGCUAGCGGACCCCUGCCUCCAAGAAGACCUUCUAGUUGGGCCUCACAACUUCUGAGCAGUUAAGAAAUCCGUGGGCUGCAGGUAGACACUCAGACGUCUCCUUUCUCUGCCUUGAGCUCUUCCUCCUCCACUCCUACAGUCACACACAUAUACACGUACACAGAGUCCACUGCUUUCCUCACCACUCUCGCACACACUCCCUCUUUCUUUCUUCCUCUCUCUCACACACGCACGCGCACCUUCUAGAUGCACACCACCUAAAGCCAUUUUAUGGGGGAAAAGUUAGACAUGGAACCAAUAUGAGCCAUCACCAGCGUUUGUAAGGGUGCCCUCGUCAACAGAGUGAACGCCUCUUAAAUCCUUUGCAAGAAUGGAGUCGGUGAAACAAAAGGUUCUGACCCCGGGCAAGGAGGGGCUGAAAAAUCUCGCAGGGAAAUCGCUUGGUCAACUCUACAGAGUCCUCGAGAAGAGGCAGAAGACCGGGGACAACAUCGAGCUGACGGAAGAUGGGAAACCCUUGGAAGUGCCGGCGAAGAAAGGGCCCCUGUGCGACUGCACCUGCUUCGGGCUGCCCCGGAGGUACAUCAUUGCCAUCAUGAGUGGACUGGGCUUCUGCAUUUCCUUCGGCAUCCGGUGUAACCUGGGAGUCGCCAUCGUGGACAUGGUCAAUAACAGCACAAUCCACCGGGGAGGGAAAGUCAUCAAAGAGAAAGCGAAGUUCAGCUGGGAUCCGGAAACCGUCGGCAUGAUCCACGGCUCAUUUUUCUGGGGUUAUAUAAUCACACAGAUCCCCGGGGGCUACAUUUCGUCCCGGCUGGCCGCCAACAGGGUGUUUGGUGCAGCUAUCCUACUGACGUCCACUCUCAAUAUGUUAAUUCCAUCUGCAGCUCGAGUGCAUUAUGGAUGUGUCAUCUUCGUCAGAAUCUUGCAAGGUCUUGUUGAGGGUGUCACUUAUCCAGCCUGCCAUGGAAUAUGGAGCAAAUGGGCACCUCCUUUAGAGAGAAGUAGACUGGCAACUACUUCCUUCUGUGGUUCCUAUGCAGGUGCUGUCAUUGCAAUGCCACUGGCUGGGAUCUUAGUGCAAUAUACUGGCUGGCCUUCUGUUUUCUAUGUGUAUGGAAGUUUUGGUAUUGUCUGGUAUAUGUUUUGGCUUUUGGUAUCAUAUGAGAGUCCUGCAAAGCAUCCCACAAUUUCAGAUGAAGAACGCAGAUACAUAGAAGAGAGUAUUGGAGAGAGUGCUAAUCUUCUUGGAGCAAUGGAAAAAUACAAGACUCCAUGGAGAAAAUUUUUUACUUCUAUGCCUGUCUAUGCAAUAAUUGUUGCAAACUUCUGUCGAAGUUGGACUUUCUAUCUGCUGCUUAUUAGUCAGCCAGCUUACUUUGAAGAAGUGUUUGGAUUUGAAAUAAGCAAGGUAGGCAUGCUAUCUGCUGUGCCACAUUUAGUGAUGACUAUUAUUGUGCCUAUUGGGGGACAAAUUGCAGACUUUCUGAGAAGCAGGCAAAUUCUUUCAACCACUGUAGUCAGAAAGAUAAUGAAUUGUGGAGGUUUUGGAAUGGAAGCAACUCUUCUCUUGGUGGUUGGAUAUUCUCACAGUAGAGGUGUGGCCAUUUCCUUCUUAGUGCUUGCAGUAGGUUUCAGUGGAUUUGCUAUAUCUGGAUUCAAUGUUAAUCACUUAGAUAUUGCCCCAAGAUAUGCCAGCAUCCUAAUGGGAAUUUCAAAUGGAGUUGGUACAUUGUCUGGAAUGGUGUGUCCCAUCAUCGUUGGAGCAAUGACAAAGAACAAGACACGGGAGGAGUGGCAGUAUGUCUUCCUUAUAGCUGCUUUGGUACAUUAUGGUGGAGUCAUCUUCUAUGGCAUAUUUGCUUCAGGAGAAAAACAGCCAUGGGCAGACCCAGAGCAGACAAGUGAAGAAAAAUGUGGCUUCAUUCACGAAGAUGAACUUGCUGAAGAAACCGGGGACAUUACUCAGAAUUAUGUAAAUUACGGUACCACUAAAUCUUAUGGUGCUAUGACCCAGGUCAAUGGUGGCUGGCCAAACGGCUGGGAGAAAAGGGAAGAAUUUGUACAAGAAGAAGCACAAGACUCAUAUAGCUACAAGGAAGGAGAAGAUUAUUCAUAACAGUCCUAUGCUGGAUAGAUUUUGUAGUGUUUGUGAUUUAUUCAUUGUGGUUGUUUGCACACAUACACACACACACACACAAAUGUGGAAAUAUGUAAACACAUAUCAGAUAAGAAGGUCUUACUGUAAAAAUGAAAAAAAAGCAUUCAAGUGCAAUCUGUAUCAGUUUGUGACAUCUUAUCACCUCCAUUUGGGUGUCUCCAUACUGUAGAGUUUUAAGAGUUAAUCUGGUCAAAAUUACACAGGAAACCAGGUACUUGCAGUAUAAAUGAGCUGAAAGCUCAUAAUUAAGGAUUAAAGCACAACUACCAACAUAGUUGGGGUGCCAGCAAUUCUGUUUAGAAAGCCAAAAUGACUUGAUUGUUUAAAAAUGCACUUACAUAUUUGUUACACUCUGUUAAAGGAAAUCAUAAAAUUGAUUGUGUGAAGUUAUCCACUUGUUUACUUGGUACAAUGUAAAAGAAAAAAAAGUAUGGCUGGUUGAUGACAAGAAUAAGGUUUCUGUUUUACAUUAUGGCAAAGACCUGAUCCAGUUCCCUUUGUGUGAGAUGAAUCAGAACAGUACAGAACAGUCUAUGAUAGCAAUGUGCAUUUAUCAUGAUUAUAUGCUGCAGGCUACUCUGUCACAAAGGAAUUAAUUGGCUGUUUUUACUGAUUUUUUAGGCACAAUUAUUAUAUUUCUGUUAUUCCAAGACUCAUACAAUUAUUGUAUGUGUCAUGUUCUUCCUGACAUGUAUGUACCGGUCAGUAUAAAAUCACCUUUAGUCUGACACAGAAUGUUGAAUAAUGUAACCAGGACAAAAGAGUAUUGGUAUACUCAUUGUGUAAAGUAAAUUAUUGGAGAGAAGUCCCAUUAGAAAGAAAGCAUUGCCCAAACCAAUCCAAAGAAAAAUAUACAAACAAGAAACCCUCGAACAAACUGGAUGUAUUUGUUUUGAAGUAAAUGCAAGAAAGGGAAAAUAAAUUAGCUAUUUGUUAAUCUUGGGUAGGUUUUUUUUUCCCUUUUGAUAUUUUCAGAUACUGUGCCACAAUUAUAUAAAUAAAAUAAUAGUUUAUUGAAGAUGCUGUAUAAUUAUAGAAAAUAGUACUAUUUUACAGAUGUCUGAAUUUUAAAAAUGUAUUUGUCUUUCAAAAUAGAUAGAAUUAUAAUGGACACUGAAUAUGAGCAAUGAUCUUCUUAGAGAGCCCAAAGUGGCAUAUAACUGGGGUUGGGUUUAGGAAGGUCGUUUCUAUUUUUAAAAUGCAUACGUGCAUUUCUGAUCCAUCACAAUCCAUGGAAGGUUUAUCAUUGGCUUCAGAGGGUGGUAGACUGUAGCUUCUCCCCCUCCACCUGACUGAGAACCACCACACUGAGCAUGUGCAGGCUGUCAUUUGCUACAGCCAAGAAGCAAUGUGGAACGUGCAAAUUAAAGGUAUGGACGAAGUCUGAGAAAGUGUUUCAUGGCCUUGUGUUUUUAAAGCAUUAUUGAACAAGAAUUAUAAUGUUAGUGUGUACCAAGCAAUAAGUGCCAUGCGCGACUAUGUGCAUGCUCUUUUAAUCUCUUUGUAACCUAUCACCACUGAACUUGUUGUAGAUCUUUGGGACUGUUGGGAGAAUAAAUUUUAAAAAGCAAAACUGACCAGACCAAUCAACAACAAACUUCCUUAUAAUACCAGACCACUUAAUGCUCUAACAAGUAUCCAUUUCCCAACUCCAAUGAGACAACUAUCAUUAUAUGUUGAAAAGCCAUUCUGGGUUUUUUGAUCUGCUCCUUGUAUUGUGCUAGUAUUUAAAAGCCCUGCUAUUGCAAUAUACAACUUGAGAAUGGUUUUACGUUUCUUCUUCUUUAUUUAUGAAACAACAAGAUAAUUAAGUGAAUCCUACCUUGACCUGGAGAAAGAAAUCAAUUCUAUAUUUUGCUUUGUGCCUCAAAGUGAUGUAAAAUGUGGCCAUAGCUUUUGCUGUGAAGAGAUGUGGACUGUGUCACUUCUGUUGCUGCAAAAAAAGUGUUAAUAAAUGCUCUAUUUAUCAUUU